AUGGCGACUGCGAUGCGGAGUGGCUCGGCACCUGAGCCAGCUGACGUCUCUAGAUACCUCAUCCCUUUGAAUAUUACAAUUGUAGGGGCGGGGUUAGCAGGUCUGGCCGCCGCCAUCUCCUGUGCUCUUGCAGGACACACAGUUACAGUCUUCGAGGCCGCCAAAGAACUGGCCGAGAUUGGUGCUGGACUACAAAUCACGCCCAAUGCCUCGAAACUGUUGCGGCAGUGGGGACUGGAAGAAUCUGUGAGGGCCUGUGCCGCGGUACCGACCGUCCUGGCCGUGCACAGAUACACGGAUGGCAAGAUUCUGGCUGAGGAAAGGGACUUUGACAAGAACCUUGAGGGAAAAUACGGUCUGCCUUUCCUUGAUAUUCACCGGGUGGAUUUGCAGAAGAUAUUGUAUAACAAGGCCAUCUCGCUUGGAGUGACUGUGCGGCUUGAUUGUCGAGUGUCCUCGGUUGUGAACACAACAGCGGGCCCAAAAGCCAUUCUCAAAUCGGGCCAAGAGAUCCAGAGCGACCUGGUCGUCGGCGCUGACGGAUUGUGGUCCAAGUGCAGAGAGAGCAUGCUGAAAACCGCGGACCAGCCAUUACCGACUGGGGACUUGGCUUAUAGGAUUGUCCUGCAACUUGACAAGAUCACUGAUCCCGAAUUGAAGGAAUGGAUUGCUAACCCGCAGGUUCACUUCUGGAUUGGUCCCUACUCCCAUGCCGUGGCAUACUCGAUCAGGAGCGGCACCAUGUACAACAUAGUCCUGCUUUGCCCAGAUGACCUUCCACAGGGACUUUCACGGACGACAGGCUCGGUCAAUGAGAUGCGGGCUCUGUUUGCCGGCUGGGAUCCCAUCCUGACCCGUUUCCUCGAGCAGGUCGAACAGGUCGACAAGUGGAAACUCAUGCACCGCGAAGAGCUGGAGUCGUGGACGAACAAGGAAAAGACCUUCCUCUUGCUCGGGGAUUCCUGCCAUCCAAUGCUGCCCUAUCUGGCGCAGGGCGCAAAUUCGUCCAUCGAAGACGGCGGCGUGCUGGGGAGACUGCUGUCCCACGUCGGGUCCAAGGAACAAUUGUCGUGGGCGAUCACGCUGUACGAACGUCUCCGCAAGCCGCGAAGCGAGAGGAUCGCGCGCGAGACGUUCCAUCAGAGAGAGGCGUUCCAUAUGCCUGACGGUCCCGAACAGCAAGCUAGGGACAAGCUGUUUGAAUCGCAAUUGGGUCAAGAGAUAUCCGGCAAGUUUCCUAGUCGCUGGACGUGUCCAGAGGUCCAGCCUUGGCUUUACGGCUACGAUGCAUAUCGAGAAGCUGAUGAGGCGGUAAAGUCGACGCCGUUUGGGCCUUGA